GUCCGUCACAGUGUCUGUUGGACCUGCUGGAGCUUCCUCGAGCUUCUUGUUCGGUACCGAAUUCUUUCUGUUGUUGUUGUUUGGGUUCAAAUCCAGACUCUCGGCGCCGCCUUCAAAAAGCAAACAUCGAUAAGCACGUACUGUGUGGAUUUGUAGCCAUCUUGUAGGACGAACACCGGAAACCAGCUCAGUAAAGCGAAAGUUGAGUCGAGAUGAGUGUGGAGGCGUACGGGCCGAGCUCCCAGACCCUCACCUUCCUGGACACCGAGGAAGCAGAGCUGCUCGGAGCCGACACUCAGGGCUCCGAGUACGACUUCACCGACUUCACCCUCCCGAGCCAGACGCAGACUCAAGGCCACACUCAGAGCCAGCUGGACGGACAGGUAAAUGGUCCUGAUGAGGGACUUCACAACGGCGGGGUGGACGACUCUGUGGCUAAAGCCAGUCAGCUGUUGGCCGAGCUCAAUUUCGAGGAGGAUGAAGAAGACACGUACUACACCAAAGAUCUGCCUGUGCACGCUUGCAGCUACUGUGGUAUCCAUGAUCCAGCGUGUGUGGUGUACUGCAAUACCAGCAAGAAGUGGUUCUGCAAUGGACGUGGCAAUACAUCUGGCAGCCACAUUGUAAACCACUUGGUGAGGGCCAAAUGCAAAGAAGUGACGCUGCAUAAAGAUGGACCGCUGUGCGAGACAGUGCUGGAGUGUUACAACUGUGGCUGCCGCAAUGUCUUCCUCCUGGGCUUCAUCCCAGCCAAGGCCGAUUCUGUGGUGGUGCUUCUCUGCAGGCAGCCCUGUGCCAGCCAGAGUAGCCUGAAGGACAUCAACUGGGACAGCUCCCAGUGGCAACCACUGAUCCAGGACCGCUGUUUUCUGUCCUGGCUGGUGAAGAUCCCAUCAGAGCAGGAGCAGCUCCGGGCGCGUCAGAUCACCGCCCAGCAGAUCAACAAGUUGGAGGAACUCUGGAAGGACAACCCCAGCGCCACCUUAGAAGACCUGGAGAAACCCGGCGUGGAUGAGGAACCCCAGCAUGUGCUGCUGCGCUAUGAGGACGCCUACCAGUACCAAAACAUCUUUGGCCCAUUGGUCAAACUAGAGGCUGACUAUGACAAGAAGCUUAAGGAGUCCCAGACCCAAGACAAUAUAACAGUUAGGUGGGACCUGGGGCUGAAUAAAAAGAGGAUUGCCUAUUUCACACUGCCCAAGACGGAUUCAGGUGAUAUGCGGCUGAUGCAGGGUGAUGAGAUCUGCCUGCGGUACAAGGGGGACCUGGCCCCACUGUGGAAGGGCAUCGGCCAUGUCAUCAAAGUCCCUGACAACUAUGGUGAUGAAAUUGCCAUUGAGUUGCGGAGCAGUGUUGGAGCACCUGUAGAAAUCCCCCACAACUUCCAGGUGGACUUUGUGUGGAAGUCGACUUCCUUUGACAGGAUGCAGAGCGCCCUGAAGACCUUUGCAGUGGAUGAGACCUCUGUGUCUGGCUACAUUUACCACAAACUGCUGGGUCAUGAAGUGGAAGAUGUCACCAUCAAGUGCCAGCUGCCCAAGCGCUUCACCGCCCAGGGCCUGCCUGACCUCAAUCACUCACAGGUGUACGCUGUGAAGACGGUGCUGCAGAGGCCUCUCAGUCUGAUCCAGGGUCCUCCUGGCACUGGGAAAACUGUUACUUCUGCCACUAUCGUCUACCACCUGUCCCGUCAGGGCAAUGGGCCAGUUCUGGUGUGUGCUCCCAGUAACAUCGCUGUGGACCAGUUGACUGAGAAGAUUGACAAGACUGGUCUGAAGGUGGUCAGGCUGUGUGCUAAGAGCAGGGAGGCCAUUGAGUCACCUGUGUCGUUCCUGGCCCUGCACAACCAGAUCAGUAACAUGGACAGCAUGCCGGAGCUUCAGAAACUACAGCAGCUGAAGGAUGAGACUGGCGAGCUGUCGUCUGCCGAUGAGAAGCGCUACAGGACCCUAAAACGCACCGCUGAGAGGGAGCUGCUCAUGAAUGCUGAUGUGAUCUGCUGUACCUGCGUUGGUGCUGGAGACCCUCGUCUGGCCAAGAUGCAGUUCCGCUCCAUCCUGAUUGAUGAGAGCACCCAGGCCACUGAGCCUGAGUGUAUGGUGCCUGUGGUGCUGGGAGCUAAGCAGCUCAUCCUGGUGGGUGACCACUGCCAGUUGGGUCCUGUGGUGAUGUGUAAGAAGGCGGCCAAGGCAGGUCUGUCUCAGUCCCUGUUUGAACGCCUGGUGGUUCUGGGGAUCCGGCCAAUCCGUCUGCAGGUCCAGUACCGUAUGCACCCAGCUCUCAGUGCCUUCCCCUCCAACAUCUUCUAUGAAGGCUCCCUGCAGAAUGGCGUCACUGCAGCUGACCGCAUCAAGAAGGGCUUUGACUUCCAGUGGCCACAGCCAGACAAACCCAUGUUCUUCUAUGUGACUCAAGGCCAGGAGGAGAUUGCCAGCUCUGGAACCUCCUACCUCAACAGGACGGAGGCUGCAAACGUAGAGAAAAUCACCACAAGGCUGCUGAAAGCGGGAGCCAAGCCUGACCAGAUUGGCAUCAUCACCCCGUACGAGGGUCAGCGCUCCUACCUGGUCCAGUACAUGCAGUUCAGCGGCUCCCUGCACACCAAACUCUAUCAGCAGGUGGAAAUUGCCAGCGUGGAUGCCUUCCAGGGCAGAGAGAAGGACUUCAUCAUCCUGUCUUGCGUUCGUGCCAAUGAACACCAAGGCAUCGGCUUCUUGAAUGACCCUCGUCGUCUCAACGUGGCGCUGACCAGAGCCAAGUAUGGUGUGAUCAUUGUGGGGAACCCCAAGGCCCUGUCCAAGCAGCCGCUGUGGAACAACCUGCUCAACAACUACAAGGAGCAGAAGGUCCUCGUGGAGGGACCCCUCAACAACCUGAGAGAGAGCCUCAUGCAGUUCAGCAAACCGCGCAAGCUGGUCAACACCAUCAACCCUGGGGGCCGUUUUAUGAGCACUGCGAUGUACGAUGCCCGUGAGGCCCUCAUCCCUGGUUCCGCCUACGACCGCAGCAAUGCUGCAGGACGUCCGUCCAACAUGUACUUUCAAACUCAUGACCAGAUUGGGAUGAUUGGGGCGGGCCCCGGUCACAUGGCAGCUAUGAAUAUCCCCAUACCCUUCAACUUGGUGAUGCCCCCAAUGCCUCCGCCCAGCUACCUCGGCCAGACCAACGGCCCAGCUGCAGGCCGUGGAGCAAUGAAGGGUAAACCUGGGCGCGGUGGGCGACAGAGGGCCCGCGGCUCUGCAAACCAGGGUCCCGGUCAGGGUAACGGACAGAGCAGCCAAGUCAGCCAGGAUGGGGCCUCCCAGUCCUUCUCACAGGGGCCGCUGACUCAGGGCUACAUCUCCAUGAGCCAGCCUUCUCAGAUGAGCCAGCCUGGCCUUUCCCAGCCCGAGCUAUCCCAGGACAGCUACCUGGGCGAUGAGUUCAAGUCCCAAAUCGACGUGGCUUUGUCCCAGGACUCGACUUACCAGGGUGAACGUGCAUACCAACAUGGUGGAGUGACUGGCCUGUCACAGUACUAGAGCGUUGCUUGAAGAAGGGAGCUAGGCUUGAGCUGAGCUUAGUUCAUCAGCUUUUUAAUCUGGGAAAUAAUAAAAACAUAAAAUGGAUACCUGUUUUCCUCUGCUACAUCCGAAGCACCACCGAGUGAAAGCGACGGGAUAGCGAAACCAAACCAAUGACCAGCGAGAGAAAUAAGAGGGUAGAAGAAGAAGAGAGCACGAACAGACGGGCAGGGAGAUGGCAAGAGAGGCCGAGUGAACAAGUGAGUGGCAGGGACCGAUGCCCGUGCAAAGUGAGGAGGGAAGUCGAGAAGAUGGCGGCGUGUGGUCGAACUGCCGAGGGAAACAGAGGGGAGAUCUCAACGGUCUCUUCAUGGGAAUCCAAAUGAGGCUCAACUCCCAACUAAAUAAUUCCAACCCACACCCUUCACCCCACAGCCUCCAGGAAAGGCUUCAAAGUUGUCUUCAGAUGAGGAUGGAAGCUUUCCGGCUGAAUUUGAAGAACUCGUUCCUCGCCACCUGUUUGUACCUGCAGGUGGCGUGCUGACGGAAAGCCAUCGAAAAAGGCAAUGCGAAAUCCUUAUCCCAAAAGUCUGUUGGUUGCUCAACCUGUAGGAUGUCCUGAACUGUUCUGAAUUAGGUUUAUCAUGGGAGGAAAGUGGCACCAACAAUCAUCUACUGGGCCCAAGAACCUCAGCAGCCUCUGAAGGAAGCAGCAGUCGAUGAACCCUCUCGGAGAGGAAAUAAAAACACGGUUUCUGUGCUUAAGACUGACUUUUAAACUAUUAAAGAGCCUUGAAUUGAAAUACCUUUCAUUUGCCUUGGGAACCACUGGCUCAUUCACAGGGUCUUUAAUGGGGUGGUUUCUGACCACACGUCAGUGGUGGAGUGGCACGAGGAUUUCAGACUGUUUGUUCAAGGCAUGACACGCGAAUCCCACUGAUAUCGCGAUCAUCAUGGGACAGUUAUUCUUCUCUGAAGUACCUUUCUUACCACAGAGCACAAAAUUGCAAAAAAGUCAUCGAAACUAUCAAACAUGACCAGCAUUGAAUAUUCAACUCAAUGUCAUUUGUGUUUCAGUGAAGGCUUUUCCUAUUUUUAAUCUUAUAGAAAGCAGAGGUUUGAUGACGAACAGUGUCCGCUGUGCUUCGUGACCAGAUGUCUUUUCUUUACAAAAAAAAAAAAAAAAAAAAAGCACUCUGUAAGCUUAGAUUGGAAGGCGCUUGAAUGCUUUGCGUCGAGUGGUUUCUGAGAAGGAUUGUGAACUGUCCACAUUCAUCACACAAAUCCCUGCUUGAAGUGAAAGAAACCAAACGAGAGUAAAAUGAGGAUAAUAGUUGAGGCUUACAAGCGGUUGUGGCAAUCAAUCCACCACAGGUAAGGAGUAGAAAAGGAAGGUGGCUAAGGAAGAAAGGGAUAUGAGAGUUUCCGCACCUGGAAAACAGAGUCUAGGUCAGUACCAGGGUUUAGAAUUGAGAGGCGAACAGUGUGGCUUGAGGACUUGUCAGUCCCCACACUUAUAAUGUAGUCAAGAAUCCAGUGUCAUUUCACACGUUACAUAAUUUUGUGACUUCACUUGCAAUAGCCAGAGUGGUGGUCACAUUACCCAGCCACACAAAGUAUGAAAUACAUGAGCAGUGACCAAAAUCUACAAAUCCAAAGAUAAUCAGGUGAUUGAAAAAUUUAAGACAUACACAAAGGAAAUGUGUCAAAACUAUCACACACCCCACAAUUUUAAAAAACCUGCUUAAUCUGAAAGAGCCUCGGUUCUUGUGUGGAUUAAAUAUGCCGACACGUCAUCAUAGCGGAAGUGCCAUCAGUGCUGAUCGGAUGAUGACAGGGAGGUAAAUGAAAAGUGAAUGAACAACCUGAAUCAGUGCCUAUAACCAAUCACCUUCAGUUUAACAGCUGCAGCACAAGCAUGAAUGUAGUUAAAAAAACAAAAACAAACUACCAGCAUAUAAUAAAAAAAACCUUCUGAAUAUCAGAGGGCUCAACAAACCCACAGGAAAGGAUUUGUUAUAUUUUAUUUUUUAUAUAAAUCAGGCCAGGUAAUGAAGUCAGGAUGGGCUUAAUGUUUAAUUUUUUUUUUUUAAAAAGCCACCUUCCUUCUCUGGAGUAAAACAAGUGGAGGCUGGUAGAGUUUCUUUUCCUUCUGUGGACUUUUGAUUUGUGCAAAGCUGUUUUGCCUGCGUUAUGUAUUUCUCGUGGAGUUCCUCUCUGGGUUUAUGUGGAUCCUAAAAUCCUUUUUCCUGCAGAACUUGUGCGAGUCGUGAUCGAAAGUGACCCUUGAGUUGAUCCAAACUUGUUUUUUGCUUUUUGUCAGAUUUGCUGCUUUGUGCAUCAUGUUGUUUUGUUCUGUUGGGUGUUUAGCCAUUUUGUGUAGUUUUACUCAAAUAAAUUUUUUGUAGCAACUUGCUGACAACAGGAAUGAGGCGGACGCUGUUCCUUUCUUCAUUAGAGAUUUUCUUAUCCUCAAACUGUCCGAGGGAUUGUAGUUUUGUAACCAAGAGUCUCUUCCAGAAAAGAUGCUUUCUGAAUACAGUAAGAAUGUACUCCACUGUUAUCACCUGCUCUUCAUUUCAGCAGACAUGUGACAAUCAUGUUGUGAGUAGACGACGCCAUGUUUAACUGAUUUAGAAGUUGUUUUGUUGACAAUGUGCAAACCUCUCAUUUUGUGAUUUAAUGGUUUCUCAUAUCAACCAGUUCCACUGAAAUCGUAACAUGUUAUAGCUUUAAAAAAAAACAAACCUGCUGCCGUAAUAUUGCUUUGGUGUUGUUUUUUCUUUUCCAUCUUCUGAGCCACAAUGAAUUGCUUCAUGUGCAGUGAUCAUUGAAGAACCAAGUCAGUUUGCAUCCAAACUCUUUGAUUCUCUAUGUCAAAAGCAGAUUAAAUUAAUGGACUAGAGAUCUCAAUGUGAUGUAAAUACCUAUUUGAAACAAAGAGUCUUAUUUGCAGUGAAGGGAUGAUCACAAUUCAGUGACUCCCUUGUAAAACUGAAUCAAUAAAGGCUGUCCAAGUUGA